CGGACCAACACGCUUACACAACGCAAAUGUCCGUAGCACGUUCUCCAUUCUCUUCUCUUCUCUUCAAAUCGUGAUCAUACAUGCGAUAUGAAUCGAGUCCAGGAGGCACAGGGACUGCGUCAGCGAAUUCUUCUCGACUCAAGCGACGAUCAUACGUUGUCAAUCCUGAUGUAUAUUCGUGGCCCGAAGCACCAACCUCAAGAUGCGCGUUGCACGAGUGAAGACAUGACGAGGAACCCAAGGCUCAAGACGCAAUCUGUUCGCAAGUCUGUGGCGUAUACGCGGAGUUAUAUUGUUUCCGACCGCUGUAUCAACCCGUGCCAUUUGACUGUAUUUGUCGUGUGAAGCGGUGGCUGUCGCGCCACUCAGUUCUAGACACGGUUCACUCAAAGACGGACGUCCAAUGGUAUUGUUGAACCUCUUCCUCUCCGUCUUUGCCUCACUGUCUCUCCAACCUCUCGGAACUUCCCAUCCUCUCCAGAAUGAGAACACGUUCUGGUGUAUAUACUCACCUGUGCUGGAGUGAGCCUCCGAAGGUUGCCUCGUGUUUAACGCAAUCCACACAAUCUUGAAAUUGGUGGCUGCUUUGGUUCUGAAUAUAUCUCGGUGCAUACUUGUCCCAUACCAAUUUUCACUCAUUUAGUC